AGCACGAAAGAGAGAAAGAGAAGACAAAGACAGACGAGAGACUGACGAAAGAGAGAGAGAGAGAGAACGAGUGAGCGUGCGCGCGACAGAGCAGCUAUCGACCUGCAAAGAGAGUGUGUGAGAGACAGAGAGAGAGAGAGAACGGCGCCACCACCCGCCGCAGCAGCAAGCACGAGACCAUCGACCCCUUAUACGACAGACACGUCGUCUACGAGAGCUGGUGCAAGUGUAAUAGUGCUUUAAUAUUAUUGAGUCGAUGACAGAUCAAGUGCUCGACAACGCUGUUUCACGUUGUCGUUCUUGUGUUGUUCAAGUACGGACCAGUGUUUUUUUCGUUUACACCUUUUGAGUUUCCAUUCUCACCGCUCUCCCGUACGAUAGUGUCUGUGCAUAUCUGUGGCAAGAAGCCAAGAAGCGUGUCGUCCUCAUAAAGCUGGAGUAGUAUCAGGCGGAGUAAUCAACACUAAUGCCGCAGUAAAGCCAAGCAAGCCAGCGCGCAAUGACGAGGAUGUGGCGAGGUCCGUUGCUGCUGGCGCUGCUGCUCGGCGCAUUGGCGGCCACAGCGAGUGCCGGCUCCUGGAGCAGCAACAACUAUGCGGAUUUCGGCAAUAACAGGACGCGUACGCAACUAGUGCUGCCGCACGACGUCUAUCCGGGCUACGAGGUGAUGCACUUCAACGGUGGCGCCAACGGUCGAGAGCCGCCCAGUUAUCGCCUCCUAGAGACUGGCUUCUCCAAAUUCUUCACCGUCCUCGACAAUGGUAUUGUCAUGACCACCUCCGAUCUCACGCCGCUCGUCAAUCGCCCCGUCAAUCUCAUCAUCCUCGAGGAGCAAACCAACAAGAGCGAGACCCACGAUCUUCAUUUGUACGUGAUUAACAGGCGCAACAUGCUCACCUUCUCGCACGAGCAACUUGGCGAUGGCGAGGUCGAGGAGAAUGCACCGGCCGGCACAGCCGUAGAAGAAUUCCCGGUACUCAGAGCCAAGGGCAAUUUUCCCGUGCACUAUAGUAUACAGCCCGAAGACGACGGAAGUCGGCCGUUCGCUCUGGCGGAGACUCACUUCAAGCAGACUGGCUUCAAUCUCACACUGAGGAGUCCUAAGCAGGGCGUCAGGGUAGUCACUGCUCGUCCGUUGGAUCGCGAGGCCAAGCCUAUUCGCAAAGUCGUGGUGCACGCAUCCGAUAGCGACUACAUCAGCACGUCGCGGAUCGAAGGUCAGGUCAAGAUAUUGGACGUCAACGACAACAGUCCGGUGUUCGAGCAGGCGGUUUACAAUUUCGAGAUAUCGCCAACGAACGUCGAGCAACUGCGUGCUGGCGUGGACGGCAACGUCGUGCCUCAGUGGAAGAGGUUCGCUACUCUCGGCAAGGUGCUCGCCAAAGACGCCGACGGCGACAAAGUGGCUUACAAGCUCAUCACACCGACGAACCUUGUCAUCAUCGUACCCCAGACCGGCGAGUUAUUGCUUGCCGGUGAACCCGAAGUGGCAUCUGAUGUCGAUACCGAAAGUGAGUUCCUGGUCGAGGCGCAUGAUCUUGGAACUCCGAGUCGGACGGCACCGUCGCCUGCCAGAGUUAUUAUCAGAUUUUUAACUUCGGGACCCGAGAGAGUCGACGAAGAAGUGCACGAGGAGACCACGAGCCAGGAUGACGUUGACGGUAAAGAGCGCACAGAUCAAGAAAAUAUGAUCGAAGAUGCGAAUCGUCCGGAGGUACACAGGAUAAAGAAAAGACGAGUGACAAGAGCUGUGAGACCGACGAAGAAGAUCGAAUUCACCGAGUCGGAGGGUGACGUCGAAGGCAAACUUGUUUUCCAUUUGGAAAAGGAAAACGAGAGGGAGACGUACAAAAUCAGAGAUCCGAACAAGUGGGUUACUGUCGGGCCAAACGGCACAGUCCGAGUUAAGCAGAAGUGGGAUUACGAGGAGCUCGGACCGGAAAAGACCAUUGAUUUUUGGGUUACCAUUACCAAUGCAGAUACUGAUAAUCAGCGCGUCAUUAUCAACAUAAAGGACGUCAAUGAUGAACCGCCGUACUUCAUAAAUAGGCCCCUGCCAAUGCAAGCCGUUGUACAACUUAACGCUCCUCCGAAUACACAUGUGUUCACUCUGCAGGCGCGCGAUCCCGACACAGAUAGCAACAUUCAUUAUUUCAUCGUGAGAGAUCGCACUGGUGGCAGAUUUGAGGUCGAUGAACGUUCAGGAGUAGUACGAACCCGUGGCACGGAUCCGUUUCAACUUGACAUGGAGUACGUUCUUUACGUCAAGGCAGAGGACCAGAAUGGUCGUAUCGACGAGAGGCGAUAUCAGUCGACUUCCGAGGAAAGGCUGUCGAUUGUUGGUGGAAAGCGAGCCCCACAAUUCUAUCUUACGGCCUACGAGGCGGAAAUACCGGAAAAUAAGAAAAAGGAUUCCGACAUUAUUUCGGUCAAAGCUAAAUCUUUUGCUGAUCGGGACAUUCGAUACACUUUGAAUGCCGACGGUCAAGGCGCAGGAACUUUCAGUAUUGAACCAUCUUCUGGAAUAGUCAAACUAGCCAAAGAAUUAGAUUUCGAAGAUGUGCGACAGCCACAUAUUUAUGUACUUUCAGUGACAGCUACAGAAGAUUCAGGAGGGUUCUCUACUUCUGUUGAGUUGACAAUACGAGUCACGGACAUCAAUGACAAUGCACCCAAAUUUGAGUUACCAGAUUAUCAAGCCCACAAUGUUGAUGAAGAUAUUCCAUUAGGGACAAGUAUACUGAAAGUCAAAGCUACUGAUGGAGAUUCAGGAGCGAAUGCAGAAAUAGAAUAUUUAGUAUCGGACGAUCAUUUUAGUGUGGAUGCAGCUGGUGUUAUAGUCAAUAACAAACAAUUAGAUGCUGAUAAUAACAAUGCUUAUUAUGAAUUCACAGUAACGGCAAAAGACAAAGGUGAACCUCCGAAAAGUGGCACGGCAACGGUACGCAUCUACACGAAGAAUAAAAAUGACGAAGAACCGAAAUUCUCGCAACAAGUGUACACGCCAAACGUCGAUGAAAACGCAGGACCAAAUACUCUUGUAACGACCGUUGUCGCCUCUGAUAAGGACGGUGAUAAUGUACGUUUCGGUUUCGUUGGUGGUGGUAUAUCGUCUGGCCAGUUCGUCAUCGAGGAGAUCACUGGUGUAAUUCGUCUGCAUAGUAAGGAAAUCAAGCUUGACCGUGAUAAGUACGAGUUGAAUGUUACUGCUAUGGAUGAUGGGGCCUGUUGUCCCAACGGUGAUAAAAACAUCCAUACAAGCACCGCUGUCGUUGUGGUCUUUAUCACCGACGUCAACGACAAUAAGCCUGUAUUCAAGGACUGUGGUACUUAUAAUCCUAAAGUUGAGGAGGGCGCCACUAACGGUAGUCCUGUUAUCAAAGUACAAGCUACCGAUCAGGACAAAGGUGUCAAUGGACAAGUAAAGUACUCAAUUGUACAACAACCUAAUCAGAAGGGUACUAAAUUUACGGUUGAUGAAGAGACUGGAGAGGUUGUCACAAACAAGGUGUUCGAUCGUGAGGGUGAUGACGGUAAAUUUGUAUCUGUCACGGUGAAAGCAACCGACCAGGGUGAGCCAUCGUUAGAAGGCGUUUGUUCGUUCACCGUUGAGAUCACAGAUGUGAACGACAAUCCACCGCUUUUUGAUCGUCAAAAAUACGUAGAAAACGUGAAGCAAGAUGCUAGCAUUGGCACGAAUAUUUUGCGAGUCUCGGCAUCCGAUGAGGAUGCUGACAACAAUGGGGCAAUCGUGUAUUCUUUGAGUGCACCGAACGACGAGAAGGAUCUCGAGUAUUUCGAGAUUCAACCGGAGUCCGGUUGGAUCGUUCUUAAAAAGCCGCUCGACCAAGAGAAGUAUAAGCUGAGAGUAAGCGCCUCCGACAGAGGGACACCGCCCUCAUUUGCCGAAGUGGACGUUGAAUUAGACGUCGUAGACCGAAACAAUAAACCUCCUGUGUGGGAUAAGAAUGUAUACGGCCCCAUUCACAUCAAAGAAAAUGUCACAGUGGGUACUGUAGUGACGUCGAUAAAAGCCAGCUCUGGCAUCGAAAAUAAUCCAGUAGUAUUUUACCGCUUAAUGCCCGGCUCGACCGCUCAAACCAACAAGCUGCAUACGUUUUACCUGCAGCAGCGACCUGAAAAUUCCGUGACUUGGGCUGAUAUAAAGGUCAAUCAUCCACUGGAUUACGAGAGCAUAAAGGAAUACAAUCUCACUGUUCGUGUCGAGAAUAAUGGAGCUCAACAACUUGCCUCCGAGACGACCGUUUACAUUAUGGUGGAAGACGUUAACGACGAGAUACCGUUGUUCACUGAACGUGAACAAGAGACUGUUCUCGAGGGUGAGCCCGUUGGAAGUAAAGUUACUCAAGUCAACGCUAUCGACAAGGACGGCACCUUUCCCAAUAACAAGGUCACGUAUUACGUGGUGGACAGUGAUCGAAACGAGGGCAAGGACUAUUUCGAGAUCAACAAGGAGUCGGGUGAGAUCUUCACCAAAGUCGUGUUCGAUCGUGAAAAGCAAGGCGCCUACGCCCUCGAGGUGGAGGCUCGCGACGGUGCACCGAGCGAGCGACCCAACAGCAACGGACAGCCCAAUUCAGUAACAAAGUUCAUUCGUAUUGGAAUCGCCGAUAAAAACGACAAUCCACCAUAUUUCGACAAGGGUCUCUACGAGGCUGAGGUAGAUGAAAAUGAGGAUAUUCAGCACACUGUUCUUACUGUCACCGCCAAAGAUCACGAUGAGUCCUCGCGUAUUCGAUACGAGAUCACGAGCGGUAACAUAGGCGGAGCUUUCGCCGUAAAAAAUAUGACAGGAGCCAUUUACGUUGCGGGAGCUUUGGAUUACGAAACGAGAAAGAGGUACGAGCUCAGGUUGACAGCGUCGGACAAUCUGCGGGAGAACUACACAGUGGUAGUGAUUCACGUAAAGGACGUGAAUGACAAUCCACCAGUCUUCGAGCGCCCCACUUACAGAACGCAGAUUACCGAGGAGGACGACAGGAAUCUACCGAAGCGCGUGUUGCAGGUCACUGCGACUGAUGGAGACAAGGAUAGACCACAGAGCAUCGUUUACUUCUUGACCGGCCAAGGCAUUGAUCCGGACAACCCGGCCAAUAGCAAGUUCGAUAUCAAUAGGACUUCCGGUGAGAUUUAUGUGCUCAAGCCGUUGGACCGCGAUCAACCAAAUGGCCGACCACAAUGGCGAUUCACAGUAUUUGCACAAGACGAGGGCGGAGAAGGACUUGUCGGCUAUGCGGAUGUGCAAGUCAAUUUGAAGGACAUCAAUGACAACGCUCCGGUCUUCCCGGCGGGUGUUUACUACGGAAAUGUCACUGAGAAUGGCACUGCUGGUAUGGUCGUGAUGACAAUGACAGCGGUAGAUUACGAUGACCCGCACGAGGGAGCGAACGCCAAGCUCAUUUAUUCUAUAGAAAAGAACGUAAUUGAGGAGGAGACCGGCUCUCCAAUUUUCGAAAUCGAAUCUGAGACUGGAGUUAUCAAGACCGCUGUUUGCUGCCUCGAUCGAGAACGUACACCGGACUAUUCUAUACAAGUCGUCGCAAUGGAUGGAGGCGGGUUGAAAGGAACCGGGACGGCAUCGAUACGAGUAAAAGACAUAAAUGAUAUGCCGCCCCAGUUUACCAAGGAAGAAUGGCUGACUGAAGUCGAUGAAACCGAUGGACCAGAUCUUCCAGAUAUGCCUAUCCUCACUGUGACUGUUCACGACGAAGAUGAAACCAACAAAUUUCAAUAUAAAGUCAUUGAAAAUAGUGGCUACGGAGCUGACAAAUUCACGAUGGUUCGCAACAACGACGGAACGGGAUCCCUCAAAAUAGUUCAACAAUUGGAUUACGAAGACGCAUUGCAGAGUAAUGGUUUCAGAUUCCGAAUUCAAGUUAAUGACAAAGGCGAAGACAACGAUAAUGACAAAUAUCAUGUUGCUUACUCUUGGGUGGUCGUCAAAUUACGCGAUAUCAAUGACAAUAAGCCGCAAUUCGAGCGUGCCAACAUUGAGGCGACAGUAUUUGAGAACGCUCCAAUUGGCAAUACAUUAGAGACAUUCAAAGCCACAGAUCCGGAUCAGGGUGGAAAGAGCAAAGUAUCGUACUCGAUUGAUCGAAGCUCCGACAGAAAACGACAAUUUUAUAUCUUUGAGAACGGCACGGUAUCUAUUCAGAGAAGUCUAGACCGCGAAGAGACACCAAGGCAUCAAGUGAAAAUUUUGGCCAUUGACGAUGGCAUUCCGCCAAAAACUGCAACAGCUACUCUUACGGUUAUAGUUCAGGAUAUUAAUGACAAUGCACCGACUUUCUUGAAAGACUACAGACCGGUACUACCCGAAUUUUUGCCAGUCAGAAAGGUCGUUGAAAUAUUGGCCACCGACGAUGACGAUCGUUCCAAGAGCAAUGGACCUCCAUUUACAUUCAGGAUGGAUCCAAAUGCUGAUGACAUUAUCAAAGCUAGUUUUAAAGUUGAAAGCGAUAAUAAGGGUGCAAACGGUGACGGUAUGGCUGUUGUGUCAUCGCUUCGUACGUUCGACAGAGAACAACAGAAAGAAUAUUUGAUUCCAAUUGUCAUACGUGAUGCUGGUCAUCCAUUGAUGUCUGGUACAAGUACAUUGACGGUGAUCAUAGGAGAUGUCAAUGACAAUAAGAUGCAACCUGGUUCAAAAGACAUAUUCGUUUACAACUAUAUGGGUCAGUCACCGGAGACGGAAAUUGGUCGAGUAUAUGUAUACGACUUGGAUGACUGGGAUUUACCCGAUAAGAAAUUCUACUGGGACGGUCCGGAACACGAUCAGUUCAAAUUAAAUGAAGAUACGGGAAUGAUUUCUAUAAAACCGGGUACCCACGAUGGCAAAUAUCAAUUGAAAUUUAAGGUUUAUGACAGAGCACACACGCAAACAGAUGUACCGGCAAAUGUCACUGUCACCGUUAAGACUAUUCCACAUGAAGCAGUUUGGAAUUCCGGUUCAGUUCGUAUUUCCGGCAUAAGCGAUGAAGAUUUUAUCAGAGUGUGGAAUUAUAGGACGCAAAGUGUCUCCAGAAGUAAAGCUGACUUAUUCAGAGAUAAGUUAGCAGUGCUACUUAAUAUUGAAAGAGACAACGUUGAUGUAUUUAGCGUUCAAUUAAGAAGAAAAUAUCCACCUCUAACUGACGUACGGUUUGCUGCACAUGGAUCACCAUACUACAAGCCUGUAAGACUAAAUGGAAUAGUUUUGAUGCAUCGUGAAGAGAUUGAAAGAGACGUCGGUAUAAACAUUACAAUGGUAGGCAUCGACGAAUGCUUCUACGAGAACGAAAUGUGUGAAGGUAGCUGUACAAACACUUUGGAUAUCAGCAAUUUGCCAUAUAUGGUCAAUGCGAACAAAACUGCCCUCGUCGGCGUACGAGUGGACGUCAUUGCUGAAUGUACGUGUGGCGCUCGAAACUUCAGUAAGGGCGAGUCUUGCAAAAAUAAUCCAUGUCAUAAUGGUGGAAGAUGUCUGGAGACGCGGUUUGGUUUAACGUGCCAGUGUCCAGCUGGAUAUAACGGGCCAAGAUGUCAACAAACUGCCAGAAGCUUCCGUGGUAAUGGAUGGGCUUGGUAUCCAGCUCUUGAAAUGUGUGAUAACAGCCAUUUGAGCUUCGAAUUCAUCACAAGAAAGUCCGAUGGUUUACUUCUCUAUAAUGGUCCAAUCGUACCUCCUGAGUCUGAUGAAACUAUGGUUUCCGAUUUUAUAUCAGUCGAGCUAGAAAGAGGAAUACCAAGGCUUCUAAUAGAUUUUGGUUCUGGAACUUUGGAACUGAAAGUUAAAACAAAGAGAACACUCGACGACGGAGAAUGGCAUAGAUUGGAUAUAUUUUGGAAUACUGAGAAUGUGAAACUCAUUGUGGACUUCUGUAAAUCUGCUGAAAUAUCGGAGAACGAUGACGGGUCACCGCCGGAAUUCAACGACGUAUCUUGUCAAGCUCAAGGCACUAUACCACCAUUCAAUGAAUACCUCAACGUCAAUGCACCUCUGCAAAUCGGAGGUCUGUACGUAGAACAAUUCGAGCCAGAUCAAUACCGAUGGAAAUACAUGCCAGUUGGCAAGGGUUUCGACGGCUGCAUCAGAAAUCUAUUCCACAAUAGCAAGCUCUACGAUUUGGCACAUCCGGGUUUAUCGAGAAACAGCGUCGCAGGUUGUCCGCAAACGGAUGAAAUCUGCCACAAUCAGGAAUCGACAUUCCGCUGCUGGGAGCACGGCACAUGCGUCGGAAGCUUUUCGGAAUCGAAAUGCCAAUGUAAUCCUGGAUGGACUGGACCAGGUUGCAUGACAUCGACGAUACCCACAACCUUCAAACAGCAAAGUUACGUCAAGUAUGCUUUGUCUUUCGAGCCUGACAAAUAUUCCACUCAGAUACAGCUGCGUUUCCGUACAAGAGAAGUUUUUGGCGAGCUGUUUCGCGUCAGUGAUCAGCACAAUCGUGAAUACGCUAUUCUCGAGAUCAACAACAGUCGACUUCGCUUUAGAUUUAACCUCAAUAGCUUGAGAACGGAGGAACGCGAUAUUUGGUUAACAGCAAUUACCGUCGACGAUGGACAGUGGCAUACGGUCCGAGUUUCACGAUACGGCUCUGCGGCUACACUCGAACUUGAUGGUGGCGAAGGACGAAGAUUUAAUGAAACCUUCUCCUUUGAAGGACACCAGUGGUUGUUGGUUGACAAACAAGAAGGUGUUUAUGCUGGUGGCAAGGCUGAAUAUACAGGAGUUCGAACAUUUGAAGUUUACGCCGAUUAUCAAAAGAGUUGUUUAGAUGAUAUCCGUCUCGAGGGUAAACAUCUUCCUCUUCCACCUGCUAUGAACGGUACACAGUGGGGACAAGCUACUAUGGCUCGAAAUCUCGAGAGAAACUGUCCAUCCAACAAACCCUGCGCCAACAUAAUCUGUCCUGAUCCAUUUGAAUGUAUUGAUCUCUGGAAUGAUUAUGUCUGCACAUGCGGAGAGGGUCGAGUACCUUCACCCGAUGGCAAAGGAUGCAUGGAUAAAAACGAAUGCAUAGACUAUCCUUGUCUGAACGGAGGCCGAUGUAUCAAUCAAGAUCCUCGUUUCCGAUACAGAUGUAUUUGCCCAGAUGGCUUCUGGGGAGAGAACUGCGAAUUAGUACAGGAAGGCCAAACACUUAAACUUAGCAUGGGUGCUCUCGCUGCUAUUUUAGUCUGUCUUCUUGUUAUUCUUAUCUUAGUGCUAGUCUUCGUGGUGUACAAUAGAAGGCGAGAGUCUCACAUAAAGUAUCCUGGACCCGAUGACGAUGUCCGAGAAAAUAUAAUCAAUUACGACGAUGAGGGAGGUGGCGAAGAUGACAUGACAGCUUUCGACAUCACACCCCUUCAAAUUCCUAUCGGAGGACCGAUUCCUGAAAUGGGAGGCAAAUUACCCCCGAUGAAAGUGGCCUAUCCAACAGGACCAGAACCGAACGUAGGAAUAUUUAUCGAAGAUCACAAGAAACGAGCAGACAGCGAUCCUAAUGCACCACCUUUCGAUGAUUUGCGAAACUACGCAUACGAAGGAGGCGGGAGUACUGCUGGCUCGCUUUCGUCAUUAGCUUCCGGAACUGACGACGAACAACACGAGUACGAGUAUUUAGGCAACUGGGGUCCCAGAUUCGAUAAGUUAGCCGACAUGUAUGGUCCUGCCGAGCGUGAAAGCGAAGAAGAGGAGUAAACGAGCGAUGCGAUCUAAGUUGAAUGAAUGUAAUAAGUGCGUAGUCUCAUUUAUGAGACUAUCAAAGUCCAAUUUGUCCGCGACAUAAAUAAUUUAGCGAAAUAAUGCAAAUUUCCAAUAACAAAAUAUAUCUGUCGGACAGAUUUGUGAGAAAAAAAGCAAAUGAGAUGACUCAAUAUCUCACGAACUUCGUAAGUGUAUCUUGUAAUACGUAAAACAAACACACACAAGGCGCACGUUUUAUAUUGUCAGGCGAAAGUAAAGUAGCCUAGAAGGUAAAGUCGUUGUAACACAAUCGUUUCGAGUUCACCUCGGUGAUCAUUAACGAGCGUAAGGUCGCGCGUCAUGAAUUUUGCAAUAAAAAGAUAACGAAAGAGAUAGAUAACGAAGAUAACGAAGAAGAAGCAAAGAAAAAACACUAACAACUCAUUAUCCUUAAUAAUUAAUGAAGCUUUGAUGAAAGGAUACCCUCAUACAACUAAUUGUAUUAUAGUACGUUGCGAUAUUAUUCGUAGUCGUCCCUCGCAUGCGAACGUAAUAACAAUGGAAUUUUUCUAUUUCACAUUCGUUUUUUCAAUGAAUUAUUGACAUUCGAAGGAGAAAAAAAAAACGAGCCGGUAUCUUCAUCACCGAUAGUAUACGUAUUUAAACAUUUGACAUUAAACUAAAAGUAAGCUUGUUGAACUCAUUUAUCCAUUUAAAUUGUAUAAUUAUACACAAGGGAGAUAGAUGUAUUAUGAAAUUAGUAUUCGCUUUCGAAACGCGGCGAUUGCGAGCACAGCAAUCCAUCUUUCACGAAAAAAAAAAUUACCUUACAGAGACAAGAACACUUAAUUACACAUACACACAACAAUCAUCUCACACGUUAACAAGCAUUCAUCUACGAAAUACACGCGACGAAAGAACCGACGAAACACUCAAUAUGAAAGCAUUAUGAACAGUAACGAAUUAUGCGUAAAGAUUUCGCUGUGUAUGUGUGCGUGCGCGAUUUAACUAUGUACAAUACACAAAAUAUAUGGCGAAACUGACGCGAAGUACGAAAGUCAGCUGUGUGUUGAAUGCAUCAUUAUGAUAUAUUGUUAUGGACGUCUCGUUGUAGCUGUGUAAGGAAACAAAACGAUCAUCCUCGAAAGUCAGGUCAAAUUAAAAAAAAAUAAAAGGCGCGCUUUACUACGUAGGGCUAACAAAUGUCGCAAUGUUGCGUCACAUUAGACCGCUGAGAAUCCCAUUUAGUUUACAAGACCAGAGUAGAUUACAAUAACAAUCCUUCCUCUCAUGCAUCACUUGAAUCAUCGUUGUAUAGUUCGGUUUAUUGUUAUUAUUUAAAUUUACAUAAGUUAAAUUUGUGCUGCGUUUUAUCACGAACAUUCGUUUGCCAUGACAGGAUUUAUUCACUUAUCGUCCAACGACUCGGUCACUCUUUUCCAAUCGUUCAUUUGGUCAUUCACUAAAUAAAAAUAGUAUCUCGUCGCGACAGAUGUUUCUUUGAUUUGUCAUUUAGAUUAUAUUAUUCUUUGAACCAUCUGCAAUAUCAGUUUGCGAGUGUCAUAUUUCUAAAGUCUAAAAAAGCAAAACUGUAAUAAAAGAAAGUAUAUAAUCUAUGCGAUAAAUCGAUGAACAAUCCGUUUUGCGGCUGGAAAAUAUUUUUAUGAGUGCGUUUGAGCCGCCGUCAGACUCUUAUUAAGCCAUGUUAUAUAGCGAAAGACUUGGCACUCGUGAUGAUUUUUAUUUUACAAAAUCGCGAGAAAGGGAGUCGAGUCUUUUGCUGUGAAAGGCCAAAUGACGUGUACCUUAACUAAUAAUAGCCUAUAAUUGCAUCGUUGGUGCGUAAUAUACAUGAACUGCAUUUUUCCACUCGAAACGACUGAUGAUUUGUAAAAUUCUCAACGGGAAUAUUAAACAAGAUAGUCAAUUUACCUGUUAGGUGUCCGCGCGACGACUUAUCCUUAAGAAGAAAAAAUAAUAAAAAAAAAUACAGAAAUAAAUAAAUCACGUAUAAAUAUAAAUAUAUAAAUAUAUAAAUAUAAUUAAUGUACGGGGGAAUAUGUAAUUAAUUAAAGGUGUGAAAAAGAAGCAAAAAAAAAACGGAAUAAAAGAGAGUGGAGAGACGAGUCUCGCAUGAUAGGAUACAUAACACUAAUAAAGAAAGAAAAAAGAUAGCGAGAGUGCGUGAUUGCGCUUAACGGUUAAGUCGCGGGACUUUGGUUACGAUGAUGCGCGUUACGAUAUAAUUGUAUAAUUGUCCUACCGGUUUUUCGUACUACUCUAUUAUCGUUUACUUGCGAUUUGUGAUAUUAAUUUUCGAUGAAUAUACAUAAUAAUACGCGUAAUUUUAGUUCCAAGUACCAUCUAUAUAUUCACGAAUCUAACUGAACCUAGUCUUACGUUUUAAGCGAUAAGUCCAACUUUGAGAAAGAGACUUUAUUUUAUUUCUAUUUAUAUAUUACUUUGUAUUAUAUUCGAUGAAUGAUUUUUUAUUGAAAUUAAUUUGAUUGAUAAUUGCACUGGUUGCGUGCGUUUUUAAAUUUAUUACUGCCGUCCCAUUCCGCGGGUGAUUGGGCAUUUCCGCUGAGUUCGAAAGCAAUUUUGAGUAGACUGUAACGAAAAAACGACGAAGAAAAAUAAGAAUCUCGUAUCUUUCUCCCCACCUCUUGCAAAAAGUAGAAAUUAAGCAGCGAGACAGUAUUCCACAGACUGGCAUUAGGGGCAUAGAGAUUUAUCUUUAAAAUUGGAUUGCGUCGUGCGUGUGUGCAGUGGCAUGAGAGAUUAACAAAAAAUAUUCUAGUUAAGAUUCACCGUUGUGUAUGUACAUUAAACGAAUCAUUAGCACCUCACAUCCUCCUCAUUGUACUACUCUCGGCUCUCGGCAUUCCGACUUCUUAUUUAACUUUCAUCUUUUCAAAGAAAACAAACAAACGAUCCGUACAAAAGCAGAACAAUCGAAUUAACGAAAUGCUAAGACUUUCUAUAAUACUUAAGGUUUCUAUGUUGAUGUUUGUACGUUUCUAUAAGUCUCAAUGUUAAUCGAUUAUACCAAUCGGUAGAAGUGAAGAAUCUUUCGACGGACAACGAAUUGAUAUGAUGCGCCAAUAAUAAACAUUCUUUGUUUCGUCAAGGCUGCUGCACUUGUAUCGAUAGUUGCAAAUUCACUCCUUUGAAAAUUAUCAAACUCGACAAAAUUCUUUAGUCGCCUAUGGAUUUUUAUAUAAGGUCUAUCAAGGUGUACUCACUCUUUGUAUGAAUUUAUAUGUACUUUCUAUGUACGAAUGAUAUACUAUUUAAGUGAAACUACUGAUAGCGAUUAGUAAGUUUUUUGAUUCCUAUGGUCGAAAAAAAACACACACACACACACAUAUCCAAUAAAUUUUUUACGCUGUCAACUAUUCCACACUGCCGAAACAAAGGAAAAGUUUCUACUUUAUUAUGUGCAAAAACAAGUUGAAAUAUACAAGUAAUAAGGAAUGCUAAUAAAUAAUGAUAAAUAAUGGAGCUAAGGUUUACGGGAUGCCCAGUGUCGAUGGUAAUAUUACCGCGUAGAUGGUAGGUCUUAUCAGACCCCCAAUGUUUUAUUGUAGCCGUUACACGGAUAAUGUAAUAUACAGAUAUAUAGAUGAGAAAAAAAUAUAAAUUAUAUAUAAAUAAAUUACAUAUGUAUAUGUGCGCUGCCACUGAACACAUCUCGUUAGUACAAUUAUCGUAUAAUAGGCUAUACGUACAAUAUAAUCGAUACACGUAUUAUUAAUUAAUUAAUUAAUAUCAUUAUACGAUUGAUUACGGUUCAUGAUUAUCACUAUAUUAUCAAUACCAUUUGUACUUUAUCAUUUUCAGUUCGAAAUA